AAUUCAGAUUUGGGGUCCAGCUGGCCGGUUAACGUUAGCUGAAUUGAAGCAUAAAACAGGACUUAAAAACUGAUAUUCAGAAACACUACAAAAGACGGACACCAUGUCUGACAGGAAAGCAGUCAUCAAGAAUGCUGACAUGUCUGAGGAGAUGCAGCAGGAUGCUGUGGAGUGUGCCACCCAGGCCCUGGAGAAGUACAACAUCGAGAAGGACAUAGCUGCUUACAUCAAGAAGGAGUUUGACAAGAAGUACAAUCCCACUUGGCACUGCAUUGUGGGUAGAAAUUUUGGCAGCUAUGUGACCCAUGAGACCAAGCAUUUCAUCUACUUCUAUCUGGGUCAGGUGGCCAUUCUUCUGUUCAAGUCUGGGUGAAGAAAAUACAUGCAGCUGUUCAUCAAAUCAAGCCUUCAAAUUCAACUGACCAGUAAUAAGACUGACUCAGCAGAUGUCAUAAAUUUUGGUGCAGGGACCUGUAUGUUCUGUGCUGCUCUCCACUUUGUCCUCUUUGGUAGAAACGGUCAUGUAAAAACUUACUUGUAUUUAUUUUUGUUGAUUUUCUAUACAGCAGAUAUAACAUGUCACUCAUAAAAUUCUUGUUUUUUUAAAAAAAAUGUGGGUUUGCAUUUGAUUUCAUAUUGUGUGAAUUCUUUUGAAAUGGAAUGAUUUAUGCUGGGGUUGGUCCAUAGGAAACAUUGGGGUAAUAGGCAGAGGUGAAGAGUUUUGGCUCUUAGGAUUAGUGAGAAGAGUAAUUAUCAAGCUUUCUAAUGACCUUGCUGAAAUUGAGGAUAGAUUUAUCAUUAGGGGUCUUCAUGGGUGUUUUUUCUGGACAUUUAUGACUAAAAGACCGUUUAGUUUUGGUCCAGUAUGAAUAGCCGUGUCAGUAUUUUUAAGCAUUGUAUCAAUGGUCCAUUCAUUAGCACACCAAGGCAAUCUCUUGCAUGUUUGCUUGACUUGGCAUGAGCAUUUCCCUUUCUUUCCCAGGCAGAGUGAGGCAUCUCACAUUUCACGAAACCUAAGCCUUUGCUGAGUGCUCAGGUAGUUUAUAGGAGUCGUAAGAUCUCUGGAGAGCAGAGACUGUACAAAUAAAGUAGACCAUUGUCAUGGACACUGUCAUUUGCCUUUAGAAAUGUUUUGGCUCAUAAGGCAAAGUCCAGAAAUCUGAUUCUUCUCCGAAAGGUGUCACGGUAGGACACAGUUUGGUAUCAAUACUGGAUGGUUGGUCUACACUAUACACAAAGUGCAGUGAAUUACAGUUAAAAAUUAACAAACACUGUAGUAUCAUUCAAAAUGCCAGCCCUUAAGGUUGUGGACUGUGUUCAUCCAGUGAGUUUAGAUAAGACAUCACAGGAAUUGAUGGCUUUGCUUUGUAGUUUGUUGGUAAUUUGCAUUGCACCACAAUCCUGCUUUCUGAAGCACUCUAUCUUAAUGUGGUGUCAAUUUUAAAGUCGAUAGAUAAAAAUUAACCAUCAGCAUAUACUUGUGUGUAAUUACGUAAUCUUAUUUGUUUUCAAAGAGCUACUCAGUGAAAGCAAGUCUUUUUGCCUGUUUAAGGUAUAAGCUUACCUGGUUACUUUUAACCCAUGCAUUACUCUCAAUUUGUAUUCAAAUAUAUGUGAAUGUAGAUGUCAGCACAGACAAUCCAUGGAAACUGAAAUGCACGUUGACGCAGUAAAAACUCUUGCUUUUGGAUGUCAAAUUUUGGAUGUAGUAUUUUCAGCAAUUAUGUUUGGGUGCAUUCAUGUUACAUGGUCCAAUUAACUGGCAAAGCCUAAGAGAGAAACAGGCAAAUAUCUGAAGUUCUGUAUUAGUGUUUGAAAACAUGCUUGUGUGGGUAGACACCGUUGGAGAGGCUCAUGGAGGCAUGCAGGCGUACCUGCUAGCGAGGAAACCUCUUGAUGAAAGGCAGCAGCUGAGAAACCAUAGCUUUCUUGUCCUCCGUGUGCUGCUCUGUCAGCUGGUACUUCUGUAAGAGAGGAGACUUUUGCCUUAAGGGCCAAACAUCAAUGCCUUUUUGAGACAAGUAGCUUUGGAACUCUAGAAGGCAGAGCAUACAAAUACUCACUUAGGUUAAGUUUAAACUCAAAAUCGCUGCCAGUGCUUCAAGCUAGAUGCUCCUCCACCCACAGCCAGGAAAAAAUUUAAGAAGUUUCCACUGUUGAAACUGAAAGGGGUGAAACGUCAGCUGUUUUGCAGGGGCAAAGAUCUCUCCCCCUUGGUGCUGAGUCCUCCUUAGCUUCUUAAAGAAGAAGUCUAUCAGAGUAUUCAAAGUGUUCAUGGUAGCGAUAUAUACCUUGGUGCCUGUGGAAAUGGCAAACUUCUGGUAGCACUUGAUUAAUAGCCCAGGGACCUAGGAGGACUGAAAGACCGAUUGCACACAUCACACUGCAGCAAUGAGGGUAAGACAGAGCAUCUUACUGAAUGGAAACCAGCUCAAAUGUGAGCAGUAUUUUACUUUACACCUACAGCAAGUAUAAAGUACAGCCAAAUGUUUGUGCUUGCUCAGCCACACUACCUAAAAUUCAGUUUCUAGCCACCAACAGGUACUGGAAGGCAACUCUGUCAGGAAUAUCACUUUCUGAAAAAGGAAGUAUCAUUAACGCCCUCAGACUUCCUAAGCCUUCAGUUACACAGCUACACUGUUGAAAUCCUCACCUCAGACCUCUAAGAGAAUUAUCAAUCUAGCAGCAUUUUCAGUCCACAAACAGGGCAAAGUAUUCACAGGCACAAAUAAGGUAUUCUUCAUAUUUUUCUACAUGUGUGUUUGCAAACAGUCCUGCAACUUACGAUUUUUCCACACAAACUUUCUCUCGCACAGACACACACUUAAUUGGCACUAUUCCAAAUCGGUGUUACCAAAUGUUUUCUCUAUUUCAAGUAUCUUGUCACAUGGAGAACACAGGAUUUGGAUGUGUGAGCAAUUGUUUGUUAGAGAUACCGAUACUGAGUAGCCCACCUGUUUUUUGGAAAUGUGUAUGUUCUAGCCUAAGACUUAUGAGGUUGGUCAUAUGUGUCUGAGUAACCUUGCCUUUUUGUUCACUAAAUAAGAGUCAUAGAUAAUGUCUUUUAGUAGUGUAUAUUGUGUUAGAAUGAAACCAUGAAGAUAAACUUCAAACAGGCCAAACAAAUGCACUCAAAGAUGCAUAAAACCCACAAUGAAUUAAAUGAAUAAUGGACAAAGUAUUGAAAGUGACACUGGUGCAUUUGCAUUUCAGGAUAGAUCCUGUUCAGUUUUUAUAAUGGUAGUAAAUGGUACUGCAACCCAAUAAUACACUCCGCCAUAAAGGUAGUGGUGGGUACUGCACAUCUUCAAAUUAAGACAGCAAACCUUUCAUGUAUUGCUAUCCAUUACAAUGCAGCUAAGUGACUGCCACACUGAAAAUUUGAAUUUGGUCUGAAAGCAGUCAGAUGAACUGAAUCAUGAUAAGCCUAGUUAAAAGCAAAGCAAAACACAUAUUAGGCAUACUGUGGCCUUGCUAUCUCAUCCACAACAGCAAUGCCUGUAAUAUUGUAAAUUGCUUUGGCAGGAAAGAUACAGCAAAUAUGCAAAUGGACACAAUGAACUGAUAUAUCUGUAAGCUGAAUAUGGUGAUAUUUUGAUUAUCCUGACAGGACAGUCCAAGGGUAUUGGAGCAUUUGUAAUGAUGUAACAGGAAAAUUGAGACAAAGCAGAAGAUAAGAAACAAACUGAAAACGGUCCGGGUGCAGCCAUUUAUUCCAUAUGUGGCCAUAUGGAGUUGUAUCUGAAAGCUGUGUGUUAAAGUGAGGCUUAGAUGGUACAGAAGGCAGACCUCAGGGUUACUCUGGAUAUUUGAUACUCUGUAUGAAACCAAAAAAAGGGAAUAACUUGCAGUGCAGGUAUUGUUUAUAUGCACCAACUGACUAAUAUUUUAAACUGGGUCAGUUGAAACCAUUUUUGGCUAUUUUCAAAAUGGUAAAUGGCAUAAUCUGAUAAGCCUAAUUAGAUGUUUAUCAUUGCAGACAUGAAGGUAUGCUCAUACCAUUCUGUAAGCUACUACAGCAGCAUCCUGCAUCUCAAACAUUACAAUAUGUGAAUAUGUAUUUCCUAUUGUUGUUAUAAAACCAAGCUGUCUGUAUGAUGCAAUAGCUCAAUAUUCCAGUCAGUACAAUAUUCCUAAUCAGCUAUC